AUGAGCGCGCCAAAGAUCUUUUUCGGGGCCGGUCUCUUCAACAAGAAUCACGGCUACAACUCUGCCGAUGACAUCAAGCCAUGGCUGGAACCACUCUUGGAGAGCAAGGACAUAAUCAGCGGAAUCGACAGCGCCGUUGCCUAUCAAGAAUGCGAGGAGUGGCUUGGUCAGAUCAAGUUGGGAUCGCAAUACGGCUUCUCCAUUGACACUAAACUCUCUGGUGGUGGUCAUCCUGCCCUGGUCGCAACCAAGGAGAAUGUCAUUGCUCAGGCCAAAGAGAGCUUGAGCAAGAUUGGAAUUGAGCAGUUUGGAAUUCUUUACUUGCAUGCCCCGGACGCACGUGUCCCUGUCGAAGAGAUGCUCUCUGGGUUUGAUGCGCUUUACAAGGAGGGCGUUUUCAAGCACUUUGGACUCGCCAACCACAGCGCUGCGCAGAUCGAGGAAAUCGUAAAGGCUUGCAAAGCAAACAACUUUGUACUCCCAUCGUUCUUUCAAGGCAGCUAUAACCCCAUUGCCCGCUUGCCUGAAGAUGAAUUACUCCCCGUUCUGCGGAAACACAACAUCACUUUUGUAGCCUACAGCCCCAUGGCCGGCAGCUUCCUUGCAAAGCCCGCGCAAUCAUUCCGCGAUGAUCCGGAAUCCUUCCAGGGACGCUGGAAUAAAGAGAGUUUCCUCGGCAAGAUCCACCACUUUCUCUACAGCAGGCCUCUGACUCUGCAAACCCUGGAUAAGUGGCACGAGAUUGCCGAGGCCGAGGGCAUCUCGGGCGCAGAAAUGGCCUACCGCUGGGUGGCCUACCACUCUGCUCUCACCAAGGACGACGGCAUGGUCAUUGGGGCAACGACAAUAGAGCAGUGGAAGAGCAACCUUGAGGGGAUACAAAAAGGCCCUCUCAGCCCUCACGCGGCGGCCAAGAUUGAUGCUCUGUGGACCCCUGAACUGAAAGCUGGUAGCUUCCUGGACCACUUUCAGACAAUCCAAGCGCUGACAAUUUCUCCCAUGUAA